UGGAAGAUCAUGAAUUCAUUUAGUCAAUAAGUGAAGGUGUGUGUGUGGUGGGUUUGUGAAUAAUUUUCUGUGAAAAAUGGCAGACAACGAACAGAAAGCGAUGCAGCUGAUGGCUGAAGCCGAAAAGAAGCUUAAUUCUUCGAAAGGAUUUUUCGGAUCAUUGUUUGGAGGCUCAUCGAAAUUAGAAGAGGCAGUUGAGUGUUAUCAAAGAGCUGCUAAUAUGUUCAAAAUGGCAAAGAAGUGGGGGCAAGCGGGAAAUGCGUUUUGUGAAGCUGCGAAUCUUCAUGCAAAGUCGGGCAGUCGGCAUGAUGCAGCCACUAACUUUGUUGAUGCUGCCAAUUGCUACAAAAAGUCGGAGCCAGAACGUGCUGUUGCAAGUCUAUUGAGGGCCAUUGAAAUUUACACUGAUAUGGGACGAUUUACAAUGGCUGCAAAACACCAUCAGUCAAUUGCAGAAUUAUAUGAAACAGAAAACGUUGACCUGGAACGUGCUGUACAACACUAUGAACAAGCGGCAGACUAUUUCAAAGGAGAAGAAAGUAACUCUUCAGCCAACAAAUGCCUCUUGAAAGUUGCUCAUUAUGCAGCCCAGUUAGAAGAUUAUGAAAAAGCAAUUAAAAUAUAUGAACAGGUUGCAGCCACAUCACUCGAUAGUUCACUGCUGAAAUACAGUGCAAAAGAAUACUUUUUCCGUGCUGCACUUUGUCAUCUCUGUGUUGAUGUGCUCAAUGCCCAGCAUGCUUUGGAACGUUACCAGUCCAUGUAUCCAGGCUUCCAGGAUUCUAGGGAAUAUAAACUUAUCAAGGUUUUAAUUGAUCACAUGGAGGAGCAGAAUGUCGAUGGUUUCACAGAAGCAGUGAAAGAUUAUGAUUCAAUUUCACGACUUGAUCAGUGGUACACCACUAUUCUGCUACGCAUAAAGAAACAGGUUAAUGACAACCCAGAUCUUCGCUGAGUCAGAGCUUUCUAUUUGUGUGCAUCCUUUGUACUUGAACUGUCUUUUGGCACUUCCCACAGUAAUUUUUUAGGGUGCAAACAACUUAAAUAUAGAAGAGACUAUUAAAAAGCCAGAAAGAGCUGCUGUUUUAUGGAGUUGGUAUUAACUGAACUUUAUUUACAAGUACAGUUAAGCAUGUCUUAUUUCUCCUCAUUUUUAAUGAAAUUUCAGAAUACCAAAGACACUAUAGACAAAGGAAAUCUUUUGUUCUAAAAUAAUGAAUGGCCACUUUUUACACCAUGCAAUAAACAGACAAUAUUUUUCCGAAACACAUUUAUCUUGAUACAUGAAUUCAUGUAUGAUAAACUGUAGAGGUGUCACAAGCUUUCCAGAAGCAGCUUAAUAAAACCACACACACACACACACACACACACACACACACACACACACACACACUACCUGCUUGUGUUUGUUAGUUUCUUGUAGCUAGUACCAUUCCUACAUUUUUAUUCCAGUAAGGGCAGAGGUUUCUGUCAAAAGUUUACUGUAGUUAAACAGUGCAUGUGUAGUAUCUUAAUUUCAUUUUAACUAUGGUUGAUCCUGCUCCAUACCCGUCAAGCAGUAGUUUUUGUUUCUAAUAUUAAUUAUUGAUACAUUUCUGGAAAGCUUGUAGUGAAACUACACUUUGUGUACUACUAUGAUGUUGGCUUUGAGAAAGUUGUUGAAUUUUGCAGGUGAAAAAUAAUAUAAAAUAUUGUCUAGUAGUGAAGUUGGUUUUUUGCACUUUUAUUGUUAAUGAAUUCAUAGAAAAAUGGCCUUGUACUAUUACUGCCACAAAGAACCAGUGAUCAACAAAUUAACACUUCACAAUCAAUAAUUUAAGUAUUAGAAAAGAAGUGUAUUCAGUACAUGUUCUGACUGAGCACUGUGCUGAAUGAAACAAGCAUUGUCUAUUAAUGUUUUUAGUCUUUAUAAAUGUUGUAAAUUGAGCCUGCAGUGGUUAGAUUCCCAGAAUAUUAGAUCUUUUUGCAUAAUAUAUACAAGGUGGCAAAUGCUGAAGUAGACAUUGAUUGGAAAGCAUAUUGUCUGUGUUAAUUUCUUUUUUUUUAGUGGAGUUGUAAUACUGACAGGUAUUAUCAUUUUGUUGGUAAUCAUCACUGAUUGUUUUCUACAUGCAUUGUGACAUGUGUGCUCACAUACAUUUCUAAAGUUCAUUGAAAAAUCUGAUCAUGUAUUUUUUUCCUUUUUCUAAAUUAUCAUGUUGUUAUUCUGUAAUAUUUUGAUAAAAUGUAUUCAUGUGGAUGUUUCAUGUGAGAUGGAGGCACAGUUACUUAUUAUUUUAUGUUUUUUUAGAUAAUUUUUAGUAAUGUGUGCAGAAUGUAGUUUUGGGUUAGUGCAUCGGACAAUGUCACUUGCAGUCACCUACUUUUGGAAGCAAUAAUUAUGUAAAGUGCCCAUUCAUCACUAGUUACUGGCUUGCUGGCUUGGGGUGCCACAUCUCUUCCUUACACUAAUGGUGGUGGUGUACUUGUGUUUUUGUAACACAAGUUUUGUUUGUGUCAUUCAAAGGUUUGAACCCAUGGCUCUCCACAGUUCACUAGUCACAUAAUUAUAUUUUGGAGUUGGUUUUUAGAGUUUGAUAUAGGAAGCUGCAGAGGUGUAUAAUUUAUAAAAUAUAAAGGAUAACUGGAUCCAAACCAAUGAGUGCAUAGAUGGGGGACAUGAUCACAGAUCACAGAAGAGGGAGGGAAAAAUUUGGGAGGGGGAAACCCAGAUACACAAUUCAGGAAAAUCAGAUAAUUCUAUAGAAGCAUGAUAGUGAACACACAACAGAGUAUGUGGUAUGGUAUUUGAGGAAAGAUUUCUGAAGUAAAACGAGUGGCAGAAAUUAAUCAUUCUUCGUAUUGCAACCCAGUGUGUUCCUCCUUGUUACAUCAUAUUUAUAGUUUUAGAUUUGUGUUCUCUCUAUCUCUCUCUCUCUCUCUCUCUCUCUCUCUCUCUCUCUCUCUCUCUCUCUCUUCAUUUGGGAAGAGCUUCUUGUUCUCUGCAUGUAUUCUAUUACUUGUUCAUUAUAUUUACUCUUAUUGUGAGUUGUUCCUCAAAAAUUGGAAAUUUGUGGUAAGUUCUAUGGGACCAAACUACUGAGGUCAUUGGUCCCCAGGCUUACACACUAGUUAAUCUAACUUAAACUAACUUACACUAAGGACAACGCCGGCCGCGGUGGCCGUGCGGUUCUGGCGCUGCAGUCUGGAACCGCGGGACUGCUACGGUCGCAGGUUCGAAUCCUGCCUCGGGCAUGGGUGUGUGUGAUGUCCUUAGGUUAGUUAGGUUUAAGUAGUUCUGAGUUCUAGGGGACUUAUGACCUAAGAUGUUGAGUCCCAUAGUGCUCAGAGCCAUUUGAACUAAGGACAACACACACCCACACACCCACCCAUGCCCAAGGGAGGACUCGAAGCUCCGAUGGGGGCAGCCGCGCGGACUGUGGUGAGGCGCCUUAGACUGAAUGGCUACCCUGCGCGGCUCGUUGUUCCUCAGCUGUAUACAAUACAGGUCCGAUAUUUCUUUGUUCCUAUGUAGUCUGCAACAGUAAUCCCGCUGUUUCUUUCUGAAAAUUAAGUUUAUAUUUUGUAUGUAGACAGAAGGUGUUAUUGUGAUUCUUUAAAUAGCAGUUCCAUUAUAAGAAUCCAUGACUGUGAACACACAUUGUGGAAUGAGAAGGAUGUGAUUAUUAUGCACCAAAUUAGCACUGUCUGAUCAGCUGUAUACUCCUGUAUCAGUGUAAAUAGAUUUAAUAAUAAUAAUAUUGUUGCCAUUUAUGUUGAUUGUGCCUACUAUUCAGGAAAAAAUGGUUGACAGUGUUUAUUACUGUAAUGAGAUUCUCUUUUUUGUGCACAUAUUUGAUGCAAAGCACUUUUAUAUUAACCACCAUUGUGGAAAUUAAUGGUUCUAUAUAAAAAGUAAUUAUGCUUGGAAAAAACUUAUUUGAAAAUAGAUUCUUAAUCCUCAUACGAUAAUUUAGUAUUAUUGAAGUCUCAUCAAGUAUCUUACAAACAGAAUGUUAUUUUAAGAUUAUAUUAUUUAGGUAUUGGUUCUUUUAAUUCAUUGUGGGGAAGUUUUUUAUCACAUAAGUUGCACCACAUGAAGAUUUGACUAGAUGUGGAGAAUUGUCAGAAUGUGUAAUUUGUAGCAGAAGGGAAACGAUCACCAUGAUUAUUACCUUGAAUAUCUAGACCAUGUGCUUUACCUUAUAAACUUCUAGCAUUACAGAGGUAGUUAACUAUUAUUUUGACUUUAAAAUGUUGAAAAUUGCAGUGCACAUGAAUGUAGCACAGAUGUUUCUCCAAAUAAAUGUGACCAUUGAGUUUCGAAAAAACAGUUACAGCAUUUUUCCCUGUAACUCCUGGUCUUGGACGGGUACUAAAUAACUUCCCCUAACCUCCCCCCAUGCACACGCGAUUUGGGCUACUGACUUGUGAUAAGUAUGAAUGCACAAGUUAUGAUCCCUUUUCCAUCUCCCUUUCAGAACCUGUAAUGGAAUUUGAAAUAUAUACUGAGCUGUUAGAAUGAUAAGACUUCAUGUUGUGAGAACAGCUUCCAAAGUAAGGUUACUUUUACAAUGGUUCAUUUUAUGUUUUUACUAUCUGGUACAUGGCCACAUAAAUGAUUGUGUGAGGUAGGAGGAUUAGUAUUUCUCAUUGCUGUUUUGAGAUUUCUCGGCAUCACUUUUCCUCUCUUAACUGUUAAGAUUUAGUCUUGAUGGAUAACCACUAAAGAAAUUUCUAGUUUGUCACACGAUAUAAGAUUGAUUGUGACCUUCCUAGCACUUCAGUCACUACUCAAGCAUACUCAGUUUUCAUUCUUGGAAGGCACAAAAGUCACUAAUGGUGAAAUUUACAAAUGAAAUUUUUCUCUCUUUCUGAUUUCUUCCUACGCAGUUAGCAACAUUUUAAAAUGAUUGCUCUCUUCCUAAAACUAUGACUAGAAGGGUUUCUUGUAUUUAGACCAAGCAGAUUUUGAUAUCUCGUUCCUUUAUUUCUUUCAUAUUUGUAUGCCAUUAUGAUUUGUAUUUUAAGGAAGCAAUGCAAAUUGAGAAUAAUUUUAAUUUAUGGAACACAUUAAACAUUUGGUAAUUCUGCCACUUAGUGUGUACCCAAUCUGUAAUGAUGAAGAAAGGUACUUGUACUAUGGCACUGAUAAAACUUCAAAGAGUGUGAACUAUUUGAUAUUGCAAAUAUGUUGGUCUUGGCAGUGUUUGCAGUUACUUUCGGCUCAGAAAUAGUUAAACUGUAUCAGUUUUUUUUUCUUCUUGUAAUGUUAAUUUGGUGUCGGGAUAGGAGAUGUUGGGUGUUGUCUUUGCAUAUUGUGUAUGGGGGAAGUGUGUAUCAACAUUUAUAUUGGACUGUAUUCUUCAGCAAUGCAUUAUUUACUGUAGUGUGUUCUAGCUCUCAAACACUUUACUUCACCAUUCAACACAAGACUCUAAAAGAUGGAUGUUUAUAUAACAUCCUAUGUGUGUUUUCCAUCUGUACGUAAGUUUUCAUAAUGGGGUAUCUUAUAUUUCUGUUUUAUAUGAAGCAUAAUUGGAGAAACCAGUCAUGUAGCUAGUGUUUUAUUUGAUUGGAAAAACAAACUUUUUUGGGUUGAUGGUAUUAAGCUGCUAUCGUGUUAACUACAUAAUCUUCAUUGUUUCUAGUAGUUGGACAUAUUGACGUUGGGUAAUAAUCCAGGUAGCAGACAUUUUAUAAGAGUAUAUUGCUACCUUUAAGAGCUCUUAAAAGUAUGGGUAAAGUAGCAUUCAUGAUGGUUAGCUAAUCAGUCAUGAGCAUGAGCAUUGCAUUCAGGUGCACAGAGAUAACUGUCAAAUUUUACAUAUUUCUGUGGCCCUUGCAGAGAAUCCAUUAAAUAAUCUUUCCCUAACGACAUCAAAUUUUUGUCCUGUCCUCCAUUUGUAAUUCAAAUUAUUAAGCUGUUCUUGUAUUUUCAUUGUUCAUACAAUGCUUAAUGCCCAAAAUUGAUUUGUAUUUUUUAGAUUUUCAGUACUGUAUGUCUUAAGCCAUAUUUUUAAUGUUGAGUGAAUAACUUUAACAUUCCUUAUGUAUCCUGAAAUACUUCCUUAGAACUUAAGCAGUUUCGUUUCCCAUUUCUAUGCAGAGCAGUGCAUAGUUGGUAGAUACUUUGGGGAAACUGUAUCAACGUUUGGUUUUUGUCUCCCCUUUUUUAGAUGUCAGAGGACAAUAUUUCAUAGACUGCCAUAGGUGCUGUUACAGAUCUGUUAGCAAUUUCACUGCCAGAAUGUUUGUUUUGGACUCAUCAUAUACUUAAUUCAUAGAAAGCAAUUUUGUCAGUGUGCUGCAAAGUUCACACACUUAAGUGUUCACAUAUUGUAGUUUUAUGAAAUCCUUCAUGAGCCUGUGUUCACUUAAUGUAGUUAUAUGAAAUUCUCCAUGAACCUUUGUGCCUUGAAUGUCCAUUAUCUUGCACAAAAGUAUUGUCACCUGCAGUAUUUUUGUUGUGCUUCUGUAAUUAAGGAAAGAAUUUUCUGAGUAAGUGUCUUCGGUGAGGAUAGAAAAAGGGAGAUCUAACCACUGAAAAAGUGUGGUAGAGUUCAAAAUACACCCAGGAUAUACUAAAAUUAAAAAUUUUAAAACAUUGUAAGUUAGAAUUAACUGUCAUAUCCUUAUUUUAAGUUGAGCACAUAGUGACAUGGUAAAUUAUGAAAUUUGAUAGGACACAUGAGUGGGAGGACUUAGAACAUUUUUUAUUUUACUUUCUCUCUUUGCUGUUGUGUACCCAGCAUGGCAGUUGGUCAUCACGAUCCUAUGGGUUUCGUAAAAAUAUAGUCUAGCAAAAGGCUGCAUUUCUGUUCCAUUGUAUUUUUUCCAUAAACAUGAGAUUAUACAUGUUUUGUAAACUGUUGCUGAAAUCAUAUCUUUGUUCUUUUUGACAUUUAUAAAUGUAAUCGCAAAGCACAUUUCAGUAUAGUUAAGGCACGACUGAAAAAUUACACUUUGGUGCACUGAUUUUUCGUUGUUAAUUUUUAUACUGUCUUCAUGAAUUACAUGCUUUAUGUACUGAUAACCUUUCAAUUAGCAUGUGAGAUUCAGUGCAGCUUCUGGUGUGCGAUUGCCAUGUAAUGAAAUUUUGUGACCAUUUCUCAGAUCUCUGACAAAGAUUUAAAGCAAAUAACAUAUAAUACAGUUUACAGGUUUCCUGAAAAAAAAAAAAAACCAAGUGAUAAGAAUUUUUUCAGCCUAUAUUGAUAUGCACAUAUAAUGUAGGUUAUUUGACACUUAUUUAUAAUAAUGUAACAAUGUAUUUGUUAUUGCAAAUUGUUCAAGUGUCAUUGAAGACUGUGAGACAAUGUAGAUACUGUGAAUAUUGUGAAAUAUUAGAUGAUGUAUAAGCUUAGCAUUUUGUAUUUAUUUAUGCUUGUAGAAUUUUUGAUUUAAUGAGGAGAAAAUAUUUAUUUUACAAUGUGGUACUGUAUCAUAAUGCCUUUAAAAUUAAAUACUUUGUGAAAUCUUA